AUGGCGGACAAUGGCCUCAUUGACAAAGUUCAUGACCUGAGCGACCUCGAGCUCGCCGUGCUGCUAUGCCUCAUCAGCCGCGAGCACUGUCUGAUCAGUACCCCAGACAGCGCCAUGGACGACUUGGUGCUGGAGCUGCAGCUGAUCGCAACCAAGACAUUUGGCCUCGAAUGGGCCGUCAUCGACUGCUCCCCCUCCACCACCCUCGAGGACUUUGCCUCCUCUCUCCUCUCUACCUCGCCUCCGCUGCCGCCCUCCGACCCGACAAUCAACGCCGGCGGCCCUUCCUACUUCUCCCAGCACGGCUCCCUCCGCCCUCUCGGCGGCACCACCCCCAGCAGCAGUCCGCAAAUCGCCAACUUUGUCCUCGCCCGGCACCUCGACCGCGCGCCGCACGCCGUCCAGAUUCAGGCCCUCGAGCUGUUGCGCACCCGCCGCCUCUUUACCCGCACCACCGUGCAGGUUGCCCCCAAGCAAUUUGUCUUUGUCCCCGUGCUCGCCGCCGCCACCGGCGGGCAGGCCCGGGUCACGCCGCACCUCAAUGACUUCUUGGCCAUGGCCCACUGGCACGACCCCGGGCACGGAUUCGUCAACACCGAGGAGCAGGGCGCGCAAGAUCUUGACCACGACGACGACGCGGCGUCGACAGGGAGCAUUGUCAAAACGGUGCGUGCGGAGCGACACCCAACAGCGCCCGCUCUCAUCUCCAAAGACGACAUCAUAUGUCUACGUGAAAGGGGCCAAAGGGUGCAGGUCGACAUUGAUGUGGUCCGGUACCAGAUGAACGUCGUCUCGUUUCUACGCAUGCACCGCGCCGUCGACCAUGGUAUCACGCCUGCUGCCACAAAGCACUUUGGCCAGCUCAUGCGCAACCUCGCGCCCCUGCACCGGCUCGACUUCGUCACGCCUGCUCUUGUCGGUCUCGCUGCCCGCAAGGUUUACCUGCACCGCAUCCGCAUCACCGACCCGCGCAAGGAGAGGAGCAUGCAGUGGGGGAGCAGACUCGAGGCCGUCGAAGCCUUGCUGCACGACGUAGGCCCGGAAGAGGUUCUCGACGAGGUUAUGACCAUGGUGACGGCACCCGUAUAA